AUGCAAGCGCAAGAUGGCUCCCAUGCAGCCAGUACUGGAUCCGACCAGACCUUAGGAACAUAUGCCCUUCGAGACCUGAUCACAGAUCUUGCACUCGAAGAAGGAGCGCGGAUAACCUGCGUAGACGCCUGGAACAGCAACAUUUACAUUGGGACCUCCACCGGGGACGUCUUGCAUUACGUCUCCAUACCGCCCGACCCUUCAGAUCCCCAAGGCCAGCCCAGUUAUAUCUUCGCGACCAAGCUCGAGCCGCAAUACACCACUAAGCAGGAAGGUCGCGAUGCUGGCGUCAAGCAGAUCCUCGUCCUGCCAGACGCGGGGAAGGCGUGCAUACUAUGCAAUGGCACCUUGACCUUCUACUCGCUGCCUGAGCUCAGCCCGGCGUAUGGGGAAAGAAUCAAACAGGCUGGGUGCACAUGGAUUGGAGGACUGGACUCAAAUCAGAAUGGAGAGGACUCGGACAGCACGGUGGUGGUCAUCUGCUUAAAGCAGAGGCUACGGGUGAUCAGGAUUGGGAAGGAGGCGAGGAAGAUACGAGACAUUGAGCUAGGCGGAGUCGGAGCUAUAUCACGACGAGCAGAUCUGGCUUGUGUAGCCGAAGGAAACGCAUACAGCUUGCUGGAUAUCUUCAACCAUCAGAAGCACGAGCUGUUCCCAAUAGCCUCACAAGCGCCACAGGAAGAGGAGAGACCGCUUCCGCCUCUCCCUCAGCGCGGACAUGGUCAGUCGAGGAGUGUUUCUGCCGCCAGCCCUUCGCCAGAACCGCGAGGACACGAUCGGAACGUCAGCGUUGGAGGCGAACCACGCGAUAACAGCCGCCUUAGACCGGAUUCUGCGUCUCCUUGGCCGUCGAGAACAUCUUCCCGACAAGUGUCAUCUCCGGGCGAACCUUCAAGUCGAGAAUCGAGCCCAGCAAAGAGCGACGGUGCUUCGCCUCGCACUUCGACAGAGGUGCAGAGCAAGCCGCAGCAAACUGUUCCGAGAUCGCUGCCUCCGAACAUCGUGACGCCCACCCCGAACGAGUUUCUGCUCACAACAGGAACCAAGGCAGACGAGCCAGGAAUUGGCAUGUUUAUCAAUCUGGAAGGUGACCCUUCUCGAGGCCCGCUCGAGUUUUCCAGCUAUCCCGAAUCGCUUGUACUGGAUGGUUCUGGCGAAAGCGGCGGGUUUGCCUCUUCCGAAAGCGAUGUGUCUGAGGGCUACGUGCUUGCUGUCGUGCAGAGAAAAGUCGACGGAGAGACAAGGAAGGUCAUCGAGGUUCAGCGGUGGGACGUUGAUCCUAGCGAACAGCGCGGGUCGAAAGAAUGGCUCAUGCUGGACACGCCGAGUGAUGUUGACGAAGAGGCUUACUUCGGGCUAAGAACUGCCACGACAGCCGCCGAAUUGUCCGUCCCAGAGAUUAGCACUAGUCUUCGAUUGCGGUGCUUGCAGCUGUCAGGUGAAGCCAGCAAAGCUGAUACGAAGCGAGAGGCGGAAGAGGAUGCAUUCGCGGCGCGUUUCGCGCAAAUACAGGCACGCGUACUUCUCUACACGCCCGACAAGGUGCAGUGGCUCACUCGGAACCCGCUCAUCGUCCAACUGGACCAGCGUUUGACCUUGGCAGUCCAGCAGAAAGAGGCCGGCGAGCUGUCGAUUGAUAUUGGUUAUGUCCAACACGUCCUCAACGACCUUCGUGGGCAAGAAGCCAGAGACGAGCUUGAGUUCCGAACGUUGACCUACAUCCGGCAGAAAGCUUCAGUGCUGCUUUUUGGCAAUCUCCUCCUACAAACCGCCAAUGGCGUUAUAGCCUACGAGAGCGGCAAGCGGCUGGCCGAAGAAGCACUCGUGACUGGCGAGCUCGACCCGCGCAUCGUCCUGUCACUUGUGCCGCCCUUGCAGCAAGAGGUCGAUGGUGGCGAAGAGGGUAUCUGGAUCCCACAAGCUCUGAGAGACACCAUCACGAUGUUACGAGAGAGCUUCAGUCCCGAAAAGCUGGUACAGGAUCCGAAGGGUGCGUACGGCGACAACUUGCUCGCGAUCCUGAAGCGGUACCUACUGAGCUGGCGGAAAAAGAAGGGAUUUGGAAGUGUUGCGGACGAAGCACACGUCUUCCGAACCGUUGAUGCUGCGCUCGUCCACGUCUUGCUACUGCUCGACCAGAACACCCCACGUGGACCAGCGACACCGGGAUCUGUCCGGGCGGAGAUGAACGAUGUGGUCGACAGAGGCGUCGACUGCUUCGGCCGUGCUGUAGAGCUGUUUGAGCAGUUCCAUCGUUUGUACUUGCUCAGUCGCCUGUAUCAGAGCCGCAAGAUGGUAGCAGAAGUUUUGUCGACCUGGAAGCGCAUUCUCGAAGGCGAGACUGAUGCUGGCGGCGAGCUCAUCGAAGGUGAGCACGACCUCCGCCGGUACCUUGCCAAGAUCCGUGACCAGUCGCUCGUUCAAGAUUAUGGUGCAUGGCUUGCGACCCGCAACCCCAAGCUCGGUGUGCAAAUCUUCGCAGACGAAAGCGCCCGGGUCAAGUUCCAGCCCUCCGAAGCCGUUGCCAUCCUGAAAGAGAAGGCUCCUGGCGCGGUCAAGGACUAUCUGGAGCAUCUCGUCUUCGGCAAGAACCACCCUCAAUACGUCAACGACCUCAUCGCCUUCUAUCUCGAUACCGUUCUCACAGCCCUCUCCACCUCUCCAGAUGCCAAGACCUCGCUACUCGAAACCUACACCACCUACCGCGCCCUCCAGCCCCCGAAACCAACCUACCGCCACUUCAUCACCGACAACGCCACCAACGAAGAAUGGCAGCACAACCGCCUGCGUCUCCUCCAGCUCAUCGGCGGCAGCCACGGCGCAGCAUCCGAAUACGACGUCCACGCCCUCCGCGAACGCCUCGCACCCUACAGCGACGCCCUCGUACCCGAGAUGAUAAUCCUCAACGGCCGCGAGGGCAAGCACGAAGAAGCCCUGCACCUCCUCACCCUCGGCCUCGGCGACUACGACACCGCGAUCCGCUACUGCCUGCUCGGCGGCUCUUCCAUCUUCCACCCUUCCUCCUCCCUCGGCGUAGCCUCCCAACACGACCUCCCGAGUAAAGAACAGCAAUCCCACCUCUUCUCCACCCUCCUGCGCGAAUUCUUCAGCAUCCCCGACCUCUCCUCCCGCCUCGAGCGGACGGCGGAGCUGCUCGAGCGGUUCGGCGCGUGGUUCGACGUGGGCGAGGUGUUGGAGAUGAUUCCCACGGACUGGAGCGUGGAGGUCGUCAGUGGGUUUUUGGUGCAGGGGUUGCGGAGGCUGGUGGUGGAGAGAAGGGCGACGGGGGUAGUAAGGGCGUUGAGCGGGCAGCAGAAUUUGAGGAAGGGGGUGGAGGUGGGGGAGAAGAUUGGGGGGUGGGGACCGACUGUUGUGACGGAAGAAGUUGGGGAGGGUGGAUGA